CGAUACCUACACUCACCUCCCGAAGCCGGAGCUAUUACGCACCAAAACCCUAACGCACUAUUUCUCCCCCCAUCUUCUCUCUCUUCCUCUGUAGGCUCUCAAUUCUCAGUCGGAUCGAAGCGGCGGCGAAGACCAGACCAGCAGCAGCAUCAGCCAUGGGGAAGGUUCACGGAUCGCUGGCUCGUGCGGGGAAGGUGAGGGGGCAGACGCCAAAGGUGGCCAAGCAGGACAAGAAGAAGAAGCCCCGGGGCCGCGCCCACAAGCGGAUGCAGUACAACCGCCGCUUCGUCACCGCUGUUGUUGGAUUCGGUAAGAAGCGAGGACCAAACUCAUCGGAAAAGUAAGCAUGGAGUUGACGGGGGCUGACAGCAUUCUCUCCUUUCAUUUCUUUGAGUUGUUUUGAUAGGGAUAGUAACAGCUUGUAUUUUGUAUUGCGAUCCAGUUUGAUGGAUAACGCUGAUUAGCGAUAAGGUUAAGUAUUCACGUGAGGAAGAAGCCUUUUUAGUCGUUACUCUGUCAUGACUUCCAUUCAUUCUUUUGCGACCCUAUCUUUGAUUAUGUUUUCUUUUUUAGUGAA